AUGUACCGAGGGCAGGGAAAAGCACACCUUCUGUACUUCUGGUUGCCGGACAUGCUGGUAGACUUCUUCCUCAGUUUUACCUUCAAUCCAAAGGAAGGGAUUGAUAAUCCAGCUCUGGUCAUUACUGACGAUCCUGAGACUGAUCAGAGCCUGUUGCCCAGGCUGUGCCAGCUGAAGCGUCAGGAUGGACAGAGCUUUGGCUUCUGCCUGCGGAUGGACCAGAGCCGCCAGGGCUUUGAGAUCAGACAUGUGGAACAGUGGAGUCCUGCAGAGCACAGCGGCCUCAGAGACGGAGACCGAGUACUGGAGGUCAACGAGCAAUAUGUGUAUGACAUGGACUUCGGGCGGGUGGUGAGGAAGAUCCAGUCCUGUGGCCUACACCUGUUUCUGCUAGUGAUGAGUAGAGAACAGUAUGAACAGGCAGUAUCUAUUGGUGUGGACCUGCAGACACUGGUAAAGACCUCCAAAGGGGAGCACUGGUCCAGACCCAGACUGUGCCACAUCAGCAGACACCCAGAGUAUGGCCUGGGGAUGACUAUCAUUUCAGUGGAAGGUCAUAAGGGCCAGUACAUUGUGAGCAGAGUGACUGAUGGUCCAGCAGAGAAAGCUGGUGUUUGCACUGGAGACAGACUGAUUUGGAUCAAUGGAGUCAUGGUGUCAACACUCACACACUCCACUCUCAGCAGAACUGUGAAGAAGAGUGGGGACUCAGUGACAGUGCUGGUCAUUGACAGUGAGAGCGAGUGUUGCUAUGUCAGGAGAAAGAUGCCCAUCCUGCCUGUGGUGGCAGAAUGUUGCAACCUCCCCCACACUGCCAAGACCAUGCACCUGGUUAAAGGAUGUAAUGGAUAUGGUUUCCUGCUGAGACAAGAGAAGCAGGCAGGCACGCCGCAAAUAGUUCACAUGCUGAGGGAGGUGGAUGUGGGGAGUCCAGCUGAGGGGGCAGGGAUGGAGGAUGGAGACAUUCUACUAGCUGUCAAUGGGGAACCUGUUGAGGCUAUGGAGCAUGAGGACAUUGUCAGAAAGAUUAGACUGAGUGGUGAUAAAGUCAUCCUCACCUCUAUAUCUAUAAUAGGAAGAGACUUUUACAGACGGUUAGGAAUUUCUCCCCUCUUGUUCCAUGAUGAUUGUACACUCUGGGAUGAAAGGCAGCAGACUGUCUCCCACUGCACUAAUAACCAGAAUGUAACUCCUCUGAGAAAUGGAUGUCUGACAUAUCCCACAAUGUAUCUUCAGGACAAAGAAGAUACUGCCUCUGGUUUCCACUCAGACAGUGUCCCAGAUCAGUCAGGAACUUUAACCACACAGGGGCUGCUAAUUGCAGAACCCAUCCAGAUGAAGCAUCGUCGAGCUCUAUAG